AUGAAAAUCCUAACCUCAAAAAAAUCACCCGUUAUUACACCAACAGCUAACGCAAACAAAAAUUCAGAAAAUACUGAUAUUGACAAGAUAACCAAAAAAAUUAAAAAAAUUAAAAGUAUACCUGAAAUAACUUCGACAACAACAAUUGACAAAAUUACCAAUAAUUCCACAGAAAAAAUAUCAAACAAUUCAACAACGAUCAAUGUUAAAGUAAAGUGCGAUAUCCAAAUGAACAACGGAGAUCCCAAAUCGGUUCGUACAGAUAUUUGUCGAUGUGCUGAUGGCUACAAAAUUAUUGAAUAUGAUGAAUUUAAAAAUAAAAUAAAUAAAACUUGUGUUGAAUUAUUGCCAGAAACGGCAACGAAAAACGAAGAAAUUAAAACGACAGUUAGUUCAGAAGAGCAAAAAGAGACAUUACUAUACUCAACAAAAGCUGAUUAUAUCCCAUCAACAAAACCGAAAGAAAAUUAUAAUAGAAAAACAUCCUUUUCACAAAUACAUGUCACAACUCAAGCAGAUGUGAGUAAUCACGACACUGGUUUUGCAGUAAUAGGCGCCAGUAGCGUAGGUCCACAUGAUAACUGGCUAGAUGAUAGCGACGCUACUACGAAACCGGCAAUGCCAAACAUUGCUACAAUUGUCUCAGCUGAAGCUCGCUUAGGAAGUAACAGUGAUCACAGUACUGAACCAAAUACACCCGCUAACCGAAAGGUCUCAUACGACCAGGUGGGAACAAGUUCAACACCGUACAUAAAAUUAUCACCACUAACAAGAAGAAAGGAAAAAUUGCCUGCAAAUGGUUCUCAAAUGACUUAUUAUAUAAUAGGAAGCGCGCUGGUUACAGCAUUGUUAAUUGCUUCAGGAAUACUUUACUUAAGAAAUUCGCGAAGAAAUUUCUAUCAUGAAAUUAAACAAGAUGAGAAUAUUCCAUUGUUAUAAGCAAAAUAGAAAAAAGAACUUAUUGAUUCCUAUUGAAUUAAGAAUAUAAAGAAAAGUGUCUAAA